AAGUUCUUCACACAACACCACUUCAAAUAAAACGCAACAUCCCUUUAAGGCUGAUUUAUGGUUCAGUGUUACACCAACGCAGAACAUACGGCGUAGAGUACGCGGCGACGCGCACUGGCUACGCCGUCGAUUUAACGCGGAACCAUAAAUCAGGCUUGAGAGGCAGGUGCCCUUUUAGGACACGAUAUCACGUGACUGGAGUUGCGUGUGUCACGUGACUUUGUUGUGCUCAGCAGCUUCUCUCUGCGGAGCCGAGAUGGCGAGAAACGAAGAGAAACAGCAGGGAAGGCUGAAUAGAUUGUGGCUUCAGAAAGAGAGAGAUGAGGGGCGACUCAAAGAUGUUCGUGAGCGUCGACCCAGGCUGUCUACUCUUAAUUCUGCAUCUUCUGUGAAAAAGUGGAUCCCCAGCAUCAAAAAUGAAAUAGAGUAUUACCUUCAGCAAUCCCAACUCUCUCAUUACCCAGAGAGGAAGAUAGCCGAGUUCCAGCUCCUCAUCGAGAAUUUAGAAAAAGAGUAUAAAAGCUUCCUGGCCAAGCUGCGAUCUCUGGACCCCUCGUGUAAACACAAGCCCUGGACUCCCAGAGCCUACUGCAAACGGAGAGCCGACGAGCAGAUCUCUCCAAGCAUCGUUAAAACCCCUCGGCUCUCUGAGCCAUUUGAUGGUCUUGGUCACUGGGGUGGAGGGAGGACGGGAUGUUUCAAAUCCUCAGUCCCAGAGGGGGCUUGCACCUUCUCUGACACCAGCUUUCAAACCCUUGAUCCCAUCUGCAAAGACUCAAAAAGCUCGCAGGUGGUCUCGUCAGCCCAGGACCAGCCACUUUCCUUCGACAGUACACGUCUGGCGGUGGCGACGGCUGCGUUUAGAGGAUCACCAAAUCAGCUGAACACCUCGGAAACACAGAGCUUCGCCCGGGUGCUGCAGUCUGGUCUGCCAAACCUGAGUCAUUCUACAUGGAGUCAGAGGUCUUCGUCACAAACCAGACACAUAGAGGAGAGCGAUGGGGCAGUGAAGAGUUCUGUUGUUGACUCGACUGCUGCUCAAGAGAACAAGUCAGACUGUGAAGCAGGAGGGAGAGUCUCAGGAAAACCACUCGACUGUGGGACAACAGAGGAGAGGACUGUUCACAUUCUGGGACUGGACUGUUACUCCUCUUCAGAUGAAGACACAUAGAAUGUUUUUAUAUUAAAGAAAAAGACCACAUAAUGGCGUGUCUUUAUUUAACACAUAGAUUGUGAAGAGAUAUUCUGGAUAUUUAUUUUCCUCAAGUUCACACAAUUUCAUAAGUACAUAAUGAUGUGUUCACCAAGCUUUUGGUCUUUUUUUAAACGUGUUAUUAAAGCUUUGUUUGUAGGAUCCAGUUUUAAGGGCCUGAGUAACCCUCCCUACUCCAUUACCUUCGUCCACAGGACGUGUGUCUGUUUGAAAAUAUAUAUUUCAACUUUUAGGUGCCCACUUUCAAAGUAGAGCAUAAUUAAUGUGAAAUUAGGUGGAGCUG